ACACAAAAAAUAUUACGGUAAUGACAAAAGUAACUUACUUUUGAAUUAAAAAGUUGUUAAAAUUUGCUACAUUAAAAGUUUUUUUCUUGUUUUGAAAAUGAAAACUUUUACUGCUACAGUUUUUGAAAAUCUCAUUGCUCACUGAUUUAAAAGUUUUUACUUUUAAUUCGACUGUAAAAUUUCUUUCAUUUUGACGUUCUCGUGUAACCGUGUACGCCUAAGUCGCAAAUGUAAACAAACACUUUGGUGGGUCCGGUGGUGCUGGUGAGUCUAGGACGCAAAGUAAAGCCGACCGCGGCAGCAGCCAGGACUCGGAGGCGGAAACCUUCGUGAGCCAAACAGCAGCAGCGGAACGCCUUCGAAGGAGGGUGGUGCAGGAGCGGGACGAGGUCGAGUUCUCGAAAAGGACAAGGCCAGCUUCCUGCAGGAACUGCAGCUGUUCCACGGCCGGAAUUCCUAAGAAGGAAGCUUGGGUGUUUUGUGGGGUUUGUGAUUGAUUUUGUUUGUUUUUGUAGGAUGAGAGGUAGGAAUGUGGAUUCGCACCGGUUGUAUUGGGUGGUAGUGGCCCGGGAUUGAAGGUCAAUUCGCGUGAGGACUGGGGCGAGAUCAUCGAGGAGAUGGCGCUGCCGAAGCGUUGCGUGAACAACGAGAUUGCGUUGAAGAAGAUUAACUUCCGGUUUUUGGACAAGUACGCGAAAGUUUAUUUUCACGAUGGGCCUCCGACGAAGAGGAGGAUGUUGCACUCGGUGCCGGCGGUUUACAGCACCGCAACUUCCCGCCCACAAACACUCACGUCGCGACGGCGCAGCUUCAGCCGAAUGAAUCUGGACAGGCCUCAUCAACUCCAUGUUCCGGAUGCGCUUCCAGGAUCGGGAACUCCCCGUUCAGGCACUUUACUUUCCAGCCGGGAAACGUCGACCACCCUUCCCGAAUCAAUGGCCAACUCCUCCAAGACUGUCCUGAUUGAGGCCGGAAACGUGACCAUCGUGUUACACUGCUGUCGCGUCGAAGCCUCCAUCCGGAACCGACCAAACUGGGGUAUUCGGAAGUGACCGGUGGCGUACCGUAUGAAGCAGAAGGUAGUGGAGAAGCGUUAAAUACAUAAAAAAGUAUUUUUCUAACAUACUGUUUAAUUUUUUUUAAAUAAAUGUAAAAAACCAAGCACAUUUUUCUGAAAUUAUCCCUGUAGUGCUAAAUGUUGUGUAUUCUUGCCAUAAAAGGUUUCUUUUCCAAAUAAAAGUAAAAUACUUUUACCAAUACAACGAUUUUGUUCCAUAAAUGCAUGGUAGUAUCAAAAACUUUCCAACUUUUAAAUUGAAAAGUUUGAACUUUCUACGAAUAUUCACCAACGCGAACUUUUAAUCCAACGAACGAUCUUUUUAAAUUAAGAGUAAUUUUUCUUUGUGUGUAG